GCCCCAUGUGAGCGGAUUGCAACACAUGCAGCUGCCUGGAGAGAGGGAGCCGGUGUCCUACGUCAGAGCCGCCGCCGCCGCGGAGUCGCCGCCGGGGAGGAGCAGCCGCUGCCGCCCAGGACUGGGCCCUUAGGGAGGAGGAGGCGAGAAGAUGGCGGACGACCCCAGUGCUGCCGACAGGAACGUGGAGAUCUGGAAAAUCAAGAAGCUCAUUAAGAGCUUGGAGGCGGCCCGCGGCAAUGGCACCAGCAUGAUAUCAUUGAUCAUUCCUCCCAAAGACCAGAUUUCACGAGUGGCAAAAAUGUUAGCGGAUGAGUUUGGAACUGCAUCUAACAUCAAGUCACGAGUAAACCGCCUUUCAGUACUGGGAGCCAUUACAUCUGUCCAACAAAGACUCAAACUUUAUAACAAAGUACCUCCAAAUGGUCUGGUUGUUUAUUGUGGAACAAUUGUAACAGAAGAAGGAAAGGAAAAGAAAGUCAACAUUGACUUUGAACCUUUCAAACCAAUUAAUACAUCAUUGUAUUUGUGUGACAACAAAUUCCAUACAGAGGCUCUUACAGCACUACUUUCAGAUGAUAGCAAGUUUGGUUUCAUUGUAAUAGAUGGCAGUGGUGCACUUUUUGGCACGCUCCAAGGAAACACAAGAGAAGUCCUGCACAAAUUCACUGUGGAUCUCCCAAAGAAACAUGGUAGAGGAGGUCAGUCAGCCUUGCGCUUUGCCCGUUUAAGAAUGGAAAAGCGACAUAACUAUGUUCGAAAAGUAGCAGAGACUGCAGUGCAGCUGUUUAUUUCUGGAGACAAAGUGAAUGUGGCUGGUCUCGUUUUAGCUGGAUCAGCUGACUUUAAAACAGAACUAAGUCAAUCUGAUAUGUUUGAUCAGAGGUUGCAAUCGAAAGUUUUAAAAUUAGUUGAUAUAUCCUAUGGGGGUGAAAACGGAUUCAACCAAGCUAUUGAGUUAUCUACUGAAGUCCUCUCCAACGUGAAAUUCAUUCAAGAGAAGAAAUUAAUAGGACGUUACUUCGAUGAAAUCAGCCAGGACACGGGCAAGUACUGUUUUGGUGUUGAAGAUACACUAAAGGCUUUGGAAAUGGGAGCUGUAGAGAUUCUAAUAGUCUAUGAAAAUCUGGAUAUAAUGAGAUACGUUCUUCAUUGCCAAGGCACAGAAGAGGAGAAAAUUCUAUAUCUAACUCCAGAACAAGAGAAGGAUAAAUCUCAUUUCACAGACAAAGAGACAGGACAGGAACAUGAGCUGAUUGAGAGCAUGCCCCUGUUGGAAUGGUUUGCUAAUAACUACAAAAAAUUUGGAGCUACAUUGGAAAUUGUCACAGAUAAGUCACAGGAAGGAUCCCAGUUUGUGAAAGGAUUUGGUGGUAUUGGAGGUAUCUUGCGGUACCGAGUAGAUUUCCAGGGAAUGGAAUACCAAGGAGGAGACGAUGAAUUUUUUGAUCUUGAUGACUACUAGGUAGUCGACAUGGGUCUGGCAAAAUGUGCCUCACCCUCCAGCAUCCAACCCAAGGAGCAUACCCGUGGUGGAAUCCAAACAGAUCCCUGCCUUACAAUUGGAAUGUUUCCAGAACUUAAUCCAUGAGCAUUGGAUAUCGAAAAGAAAACCGAAACAAAACCAGACCCAGCCCUACACUUUGGUUUGUCAUGGUAUCAGCGCAGCAGCCUACAACUAAGUUCCUAAAUGCCACUUUGGACUUAUUUAAAAAAGAAUCCCAGUUUUUACUUUUACUCGAUGGUGAAAUUGGUUGCUCUUGUAUUUUAUGGGAAAAAAAUGAUUUUUUUAACCUUCAUACAUAGAAGCAAAAGUACUUUAACUGCUGUAAACCUUCAAAACUUAAUAGAAGUGAGAUCAUACUGGUUUGUUUCUUAUUUUGAUUGGAGAAAAAUUAAAUUGCUGCAUUUUGCAGUGACCCAUUUACAUGGCAUUUUCAGCGUAGACUGCAUAAGAAAUAUAUGUGGUGAAAUGUUGGAGCCAUUUCUCUCUCGGUCUCUGUUUAAUGUUGAAAGGGUGAGCUAAUAGGAGGCAAUUUCAACUUCACUCCCUCACACAACCCCUCCCCCUCCAGACUGUCAGUUUCAAGGAUGCAAACUGCAUUUCAAAGUCAAACUGACUCAUGAAGCAGUUGGGCCAGUGCACUGUUUACUUCCAUCUGUUUGACAGACGCAUUUGUGCCCAGCAUUUGGGAGCCCUUUAUAUCAAUUGCUUCGUCAAGGGUCCCCAUAGUCAGCCUACUAGAAACCAGUUUAGGGUGGAUAUGAUGGGGCUUCUGUGCUAUUGCUGGGAUUGGGAGAAAUAAAACAUGCAAUUUAAGUGGACACAAAUUUAAA